AUGAUAAGUAUGGACAGGACAUUUGUCGUUGACUUUGAUGCAGAUGGUGACUUGGACAUCAUUAGCCAAGUUUACCAGAAGCCGAUGGAUGGGACACAGGCGAGUGACAGACUCAUGAUGCCCAUGGAGCUUGCCUACCGACGGAAUGAUGAGGGCCGCUUCAAAGACAUCAGCCCUGAGGAUCCGGCAUAUCCCUUUCGUGGAAUCGAGUGUAGCCGACAUUCCCACUGGACCUUCGCGGAUUGGGAUCAUGAUGGUGACCUCGAUUUCAUACAAACAUUUCUGCCAUUUAGAUCAAUCAAGAUCGUCGAACAGCAAGUGCAAGUGAUCCUUGAGAUGAAACGGAAUGGAACCCACCAAGCUGCUAUCAAUGCCUGGAUGGAGGAUGCCAUGGCGGUCAAAAUGCGGUUCUUUCGGCAGGACAGAGCUGGGCCUCAUGGAUCAAACAUCACUUUCUCAGAGCUCACGGGGCCUGCGAACCCUUUCCGUCAUAUCAAUGGACUGGGAAUCGACUUUGCUUCUCCGGCUGUGGUCGAUCUAAAUCACGAUGGUGAAUGGGACUUGGUCGUGGCGAACAAGAAGGGUUUGAAGUACUUCGAGCAGCUCAAUGGUACCUUUCAGCGGUCAGUGGCCAGUCCUUUCCGUGACAUCUCCAUCUACAUGGGUCAGUUUGCCCUCUCUCCGGUGCCCAUUUUUGCAGAUUGGGACGGGGACGGAUCCACGGACUUAGUGCUUACUGGAACCGACAAGGUUCAAUAUUUCCAGCGCGGUGUUUGCACACCAUCCUCUCCAUACUGCCAACAGGGAACCUGCAGCAAGCAAACGUCACAGUGUGACUGCAUUCCCGGGACAGAAGGCCCAGACUGCAGUCUUUGCGGUGAAUUCCAUGUCCGCAAUGAGGGUACUGGUACUUGCCGGAAAUGCCCUGGCUAUGACUCACUGGCAGGGACUUGCAGCCGUCGAGGUGUUUGCGAAGAUGACGUGGAUGCCAGAGCCAAGCAGUCGGCCUCGGGUUCCACAGCAAUUUCCGCAACGGGCAGCGGCAGUUGCACGUGCUCAGAACCAUUCUACGGGAAAGGCUGUGAACAUGGCGGCUGUCCACCAGGACAACGCUUGGACCGAGACGCAGAGGUCGACAAUCGCACUGAGAAGUAUCCAAAGUGGGAGGCGUGUGUCCCUUGCCAGUCAGGAAAAUUCAAAAAUUAUUCUGGGACCGAAGAUUGUUCAACUUGUCCUGGUGGCUACGUCCCGGUCAAUGGCACCAGCUGUUUUCCAUGUGAAAAUGGAACGUUUCCAUCACCAGAUCACAACAACGAAAUUUGUGUGUCCUGCGUGACUGGCUCCGUGGCCAUUGCCGGAAGUCCAUUGUGCACAGCAUGUGAAGCUGGUUUUGAGCCAAAUGAAGACAAGAGUCUUUGCAUUCCAUGCCCUUCUGGCUGGUAUGCAGGGCCCCGCUCCGCUAAGUGCAAUCCAUGCGGGGAAGGUUCCGUUCCAGAACCGAGAAAGAGUAGCUGUAAGAUGUGCACUGGACAGAUGUAUGCACAGCCUGGUGAUGAGGUUUGCCGAAAGUGUACUUUCCCAUCAAUGAUUUUGGGAGAGGACAACCGGUGCACACCGCUGUAUACAGCACUCUUUUUGCUGGCGUUCUUCCUGCUGCUGUUCUUCGUGUUGGCUGUCUUCGGCAGGAUGCGCCUUCACUGUCUGAAGAGGCAUCUGAACAAGUUGGUUGCAGGAAAAGACUGGGAAGAACUACAUUCCACGCAGGCCACUUUAUUCGAAUUUGGCCUGUGGAAGCACCAAGCUUGCAAAGAGGUAUCAGUUUGCAAGCAAAAAGUUAAGUCACAGUCCUUUCAGCUUGGCAUUUCUUUGCAAUACGUCUUUGAACGGCUAGAGGAUGUCUACAAGGACAUUGCACAAAAAGCUGAGUGGCGUCUUGACGCAUGGGGUCCAGUGACCAACAGCGGCUACUUGGUGAAGGCCCGCAAUUGCGGACUUCAACUUCUGGACGCCGUUGCUGCUUGGGAUGCGCUGCCAACAUGCGAGUAUCCUAAAAAUCCAAAUUUCCACCAGGUGGCAGGGCUGUUGGCAUAUGGUCCUUUGGCUUUGGGAAAGCAUCUGUGUUGCCCACGCGAUGGCCAGCCAGACUGCAGUAUUGUGGAUGCAUUACAGGCAGAAUCCAGCAGUGCAAAAGCAACCUGGUUCCUUUCCUGGGUCUGGGGCUACAGUUUUUCAACCGUCUACAAGGCCUUGGCCAGAUGGUGGGAGAGACACAGGAUCAUAUCGGGCGCAAGUUUGGAGGAUGGUAUCUACAUGUGGUGGUGCGUGUUUGUGAACAACCAGUUCAGAAUGCUGGAAGCAGGUCUAGUGGAAGAGCCUGGCGAUUUGUUUGAUGUCUUUGGCCAGCAGCUGGAGGGCAUUGGCAAGAUGCUCAUGUGUUUGGACAGCAUGAGUUCGGGCCAAUAUACAUCGAGAAUUUGGUGCAUUUUUGAAGUUUUUGUGGCCUGUCAAAGGAGCAUUCCGACCACGGUAAUACUCCCAGAGCUGGAGGUAGGUGCUGUUGCAUCCGUGAAGGACUUGACUCGAGAAUGCAAAGUCGAUGCUGAGCAGGCUAAAGCCUCAGUCCAAAAAGAUGCGGAUGCAAUCAAAAAGCACAUCAAGGAGAAACACCAGUCCUUCGAGUAUGUGAACCGGACUGUUGAGCACGCGCUUUGGUGUGAAGUCAUCGAAUAUUUGGAGCGCAGCGAAAGCGCUCAACCAAGCCAUGAGAGCACAUCGACUGGGCCAGCUACAACGCUGACAGAGUCUGACGUGUCCAUGGAAAAGUCGGAGAUGCCAUCAGCCCACGCUGGAAAGUGCAUUCUUCAGUGA